AUGCAUGGUGUUAGUGAUUACUCCUUUAUAGAGGAAAAUGAUAAAAAUGUGGACGAAGAUUAUUUUGAUGAGGAUAUAGAUGAGAUUGAUGAUGGAGAGGACAGUGACCAAGUUAGUUUGGAUUCAGAGGAUCCUGAUGAACUAAGGGAGGAAGAGAUUAAGAAGCCAAAAGAUGAUGACAUAUUUUGA